UCGAUUUGCAUAAACUUGUUCUAAACUCACAUUGCAAGAUUCAUCAAUGGAUACUGAUUUCCCAUCCUUCAAUAUCCUUCUUUCAUCUCUCAUAUUUCUUACAACCUUAUGUAAACUAAUCUCUCACUCCAACCGGCGCCGGAGUUCCGGCAGUCUUCCGCCGGGGCCGAGAAAGAUUCCGGUGAUCGGAAACUUGUACAAUGUUCUUGGCAUCCGACCAGCUCACCAAAUUUUUGCGGACUUGGCUUCGAAACAUGGGCCAAUGAUGCACUUGCAAUUGGGUCAAAUCAGCACAGUAAUAAUAUCAUCCCCCGAACUAGCAAAAGAGGUCUUGAAUACACAUGACAUUACCUUCGCCAAUCGGCCAUCAUUCUUUGCGACCAAAAUAAUAUGUUAUGGGCAUUCCGACAUAGCAUUUGCCCCAUACGGUGAAUACUGGAGACAGUUGCGGAAAAUUUGCACAGUAGAGCUGCUGAGCGCCAGGCGCGUCCAAUCUUUCCGUCCUAUAAGGGAAGAAGAUUUUUCGAAUCUUUGCCGAUGGAUAGCUUCAAAAGAAAGAUCUACGAUCAACUUGACCGAGAAAAUUGCCUUGACGACUUGCGACAUGGUUAUGCGAGCUUGCCUCGGCAACAAGACCGAUGAACACAAUGCAUUCAUUUCCCUAGUCAAGGAAGGAGGCGACUUAGCAACCGGAUUUUCUCUAGUCGAUGUGUAUCCGUCGAUUAGUUGGUUUGGAACAAUCAAUGGAUAUAAAGGCCGAGUCGAGAAGGGACACAAACUAGCGGAUAGAAUACUUGGGAAAAUCCUCGACGAUCACAAAAUAGCUGCCUCGCAAAAGAAAGAGCGCGAAGAUUUAGCCGAUGUUCUCCUCAAGUUCCAUAAGGACAGCGGACAUGAGCUGCAAUUAACCGAUGACAACAUAAAAGCUGUGCUUCAGGACAUGUUCGACGCUGGAAUCGAAACAUCAUCCGCGACUGCAGAUUGGGUUAUGGCCGAAUUGUUGAGACAUCCAAGAGUUCUUAAGAAGGCGCAGGAUGAGGUGAGGCAGGUUUUCGGCGACAAGGGCUUUGUGGAUGAGUCCGAAUUUGACGAGCUAAAGUACCUAAAGUUAGUAAUCAAAGAGACACUCAGGAUGCAUCCUCCGCUGCCGCUACUGCUGCCGAGAGAAAGCUACGAGGCCUGUGAGAUUAAUGGAUACAAACUACCUGCGAAAACUCGGGUUAUGGUGAAUGCUUGGGCCAUUGGGAGAGAUCCUAAGAUCUGGAAAGAUGCCGACAGCUUUAUCCCGGAAAGAUUUCUCGAUGGCAUUUCUGUAGACUAUACUGGAAAGAAUUUUAAUUACAUCCCUUUUGGUUCCGGGAGAAGGAUUUGCCCGGGAAUGACUUUCGGCCUGGCUAACAUCGAACAUCCAUUGGCAAUGUUUCUCUAUCACUUCGAUUGGGUUUUGCCCGAUGGAAUGAAGCCUGAAGAUUUGGACAUGGCUGAAACAAUUGGGGUUACAUCGAGAAGGAAUCAUCCACUUUAUGUGAUUCCUAAAAUGAAAAACCCUUUGCCUCUCAAGUAAAAUCUAGGCAUUCUAUCGAUCUUUUCUAUGUUAUGUUUAAUUAAGACAUUGAGUGUCAUGGUAGAUUAUUACUAUCUUGAUAUGUAUUGCUUUGAAUUGAGAAGUUUCGAACUUGUGUUUUGUUUUUUAUGCUAUUCGAUUUUAUGUUUGGCUUCUUGAAAGAAUGACCUUUGA